AUGCUGCUCGACAAAGGCGCCGACGUCAACGCGCAGGGUGGAUACUACAGCAACGCACUGCAGGCAGCUUUAGGGGAAGGCCAUGAGCAGGUGGUUGAGAUGCUGCUCAACAAAGGCGUCGACGUCAACGCGCAGGGUGGACAGUACGGCAACGCACUGCAGGCAGCUUCGUACAGAGGCUACGAGCAGGUAGUUGAGAUGCUGCUUGACAAAGGCGCCGACGUCAACGCACAGGGUGGAGAGUACGGCAGCGCACUGCAGGCAGCUUCAGCUGGAGGCCACGAGCAGGUAGUUGAGAUGCUUCUUGACAAAGGCGCC